AUCAAAGCGUUGCAAAACUGUUCAGUUCAAGAAUUCUUUCUGCAGUAUCACCAUAACAGUUCAGGUGCAUUGUAAGAAACAUUAUGUGAUUCUGUUGAUUUAUUUUGUUAAUUUUUGGAUAAAAAUGAUUCAGUACUACAAAGUGAAGCAAUGGAUCAAAUGGCCGCUGAUCCGUGCUCACCUAUGCACCCUGGCCGUGAGCGUGGGCUUCAGUUCAACGUGGCGCGCGCCGCGGGAAGCUUUCCGCUUCGGCGGGCUUCAGUUCGCGCUGGCGGCGUCGACGGCGGCGCUGCUGGUGCUCCCGCUGGCGCUGCUGCAGCUGGCCUUGGGGCAGCUCAGCCAGCAGGACGCGGUCGGCAUAUGGCGCGCGGUGCCUUUCUUCAAAGGCGUUGGCUACCUCCGUCUGCUGGUCACUGCGCUGGGCUGCGUGAGCUCGGCGGUGUACCUGGCGCUCACCGUCGCCUACUUCCUCUACACGCUCAGCAACUCCAUCCCCUUCCGCGCCUGCUCCGACCCUCGCCUGAACGAGGAUGGCUUCGAAGAUAUAAUAAACACGACCAAUUGUUUAAACGCAACGUUCCUGGCUCCAGUGAGACAGAAGCCCGAAUAUUUCAUUGCUAUGUCAUUGAUUAUUUGUUUCAUAUGGAUAGCAUUGCCUUUUCUCCUUUACAGUCCAGUGAAGUUGAUGAAGCGUGUCUUCUAUAUCCUGGGCCCGACGCUCGUAGUGUUGGGCUUCGUGGUGGUAUCCGGCAUCGGGUCGUGGGGCCGCCUAACGUGGUUCCACGAGGCGCGGCAUUGGCGGCACUUUCUGGAGCCGCGCGUUUGGAUCAGCGCGUUAACGCAGGCGUUGUUGGCGACCCAUACGGCCGGCGGUUACUUGGUCUCGGCUGGAGACGCUAUCUACAGCGUUACCAAUGUGCAGUGGACAGCUAUAGCCUUCGUGGCCACCAACAUCGUAGCGGGCUGGCUUGGGCCUCUGUUCUGGUUCGCGCUGGGUGCUCCUGAACCCGACACAAGCGCGGCCGCCGUGCUCGAGCAAAUCUACCGAGCUGCCUACGAGCGCGACCUUAGCAUCGCGUGGCCGCUGCUCGUGUUUGCCGCGCUGUUCCUAUCAGGCGUUAUUACCAUGCUAACAUUCCUGUACCCGAUCUACGACCGCGUCCGGCGUUCCGGCGGCGCGCGGUGGCGCGUGGCGUGCGCCGGCGGCUCGGCGAUAGGAGCGGCGGGCUCGCUGGCGGCACUGGCCGGCCGCUGGGACGCGCUGGCCUUGAUUGAGGAUACCGCUGUGCCACUGUUGGUUUGCCUCGCUACUGUGCUGGAGGUCCUCGCCUUCGUCUUCAUCUACGGUAAGUAG